AUUUGUAGAAUUUCCCAGGAUCAGCUUAUUUAUAUAUUGUGUCAUGAUCUAGUCAUUUGUUAUUAUUCAACAUGGCUCCUUUCCUGCUUUUCGCUGUGUCUCUGACGCUCUUCCAGCUUGGCAAUGCCUUGCCAUUUAUGAAAGAAUUAUCAGAAUGCGAUAACCCAGCCGAUAUCGUUUUUCUCCUAGAUUGCUCUACUAGCAUGUAUCCUUCUCAAUUCAAACAACAAUUAGCUUUUGUGAAUAAUUUUACUGAAAGUAUGGAUAUCGACAAUGGAACCAUUAGAAUAGCAGUGGUCACCUUCAGUACCACUGUCCAGACGGAAUUCAAUUUGAAUAAAUAUAAAACUAAAGCAGAAUUACAAAAGGCUGUUUCAGAUAUUUUAUAUCUUGGUGGCAGGACUCACACUUGGUUAGCAUUGGAUCAUAUCCGUCAAGAAAUAUUCACUACAGACAAUGGAGGACGAAUUGGUGUGCCCAAAAUUGUUAUUAUGAUUACUGAUGGCGGAUCUAAUGAAAAGAAGAAAACUAUAGAAGCAGCCAAAAUCCUACAUAAAGAUCCUCUUCGAGUUUUCACUAUUGGCAUCGGACCAAGUGUUGAUACGGAUGAGUUGAAAGCUAUAGCAUCGAAACCAUCCAAUAUAUUCCAGAUCGAGAAAUUUGAUGCCCUUAAAGCAUUAACAUCUGAAAUUAUUAAAAACGUUUGUAUCAAAGUGUGUGGAGUGAAUCCAUCUGAUAUUAUCUUUCUGUUAGACGAGUCAACCAGUAUCUAUGAUGAUGAUUUCGGAAUACAGCUAAGUUUCUUGAUUUCGUUCAUAAGAGACAGUCUAAUUGGCAUUAAUGCCACACAAAUCGGAGUGGUUACAUUCAGCAGCAACGUUAUAUAUCGGAUAAAACUGAACCAGUUUUCAAAAUCGCAUGAUCUGGAGAAUGCUGUUCUUAGUAUUAAACGGAACCAUGGCGAUACAAACACUGGAGAUGCACUGAAACUUAUUCGCGAGGAAGGCUUUAGCAAAGCAAAUGGCGGCCGUGAUGGUGUGCCGCAUAUUCUCAUUGUCAUUACAGAUGGACAAGCACAGAGUCCAACGAAGACGGCUCGUGAGUCUAAAGCUAUCCAUAAAACAGAUAUUGUGGUCUUUACUAUUGGAAUCGGGCAGGCUGUGGACCCUGCAGAGCUACGAAUGAUUGCAGGUUCAGAUGAUAAAGUGUUCAGAACUGCAAGUUAUUCUACUUUAAAGACCAUUCAUAAAUCUCUUUUUAAGAAAGUUUGUCGCGUUGAGGUCAUUAAAUUAAAACCCACCACAAUGAUAAUGCGGUUUGUUACCAUUUACUUGGCCGUUUUGGCAACAUCUGUGGUAAUUGCGCACCGCAUUGGUGUGGACAGCAACCUGAAAUCAUUUGUUAGUCCAUAUGAAGAAAUACUCUGUCAAGACCCUGCUGAUAUUGUAUUUGUUCUCGAUAGUUCCAGAAGUGUAACCCAAACAGACUUUAAGAAGGAGCUCGAUUUCGUCAGUUCAUUCGUAAAUGAUAUGGACAUUGGUGCGGACAAAAUUCGAAUCGGUGUGGUCACCUUCUCAGAUAAUGUCAAAACUGAGUUUGAACUGAAAGAAUUUUCACAUAAACAAGACAUUCAGAAUGCUGUUUCUAAUAUUGCUCACCGCAGUCGAUCAACCAACACUUGGCUAGCUCUAAAACAUAUUCGGACAGAAUCUUUUAUAACUGACCAUGGUGGAAGAGUGGGAAUACCUAAAAUUGCUAUUCUUGUAACUGCAGGUGGUUCCAACGGAAAGAGCAAAACACUAAACGAAGCCAAACUUCUUCAUAAUGAUCCAAUUAGAAUUUUUACGGUAGCUGUGGGGAACAGAGUCGAUGAUGAUGAGUUGAGAGCAAUAGCAUCAAAAUCGGAAAAUGCUUUUAAAGUGCCGGACUUCAAUUCCUUGGCUACAAUCGAAGACAAAGUAAAGCAAAAUUUCUGUAGAAAAGGAGAAAUAUUCUGCCACAACCCUGCUGAUAUUGUAUUUGUUCUCGAUAGUUCUGUAAGUGUAACUCAAACAGACUUUAAGAAGGAGCUCGAUUUCGUCAGUUCAUUCGUAAAUGAUAUGGACAUUAGUUCGGACAAGAUUCAAAUCGGUGUGGUCACCUUCUCAGAUAAUGUCAAAACUGAGUUUGAACUGAACAAGUUUUCACAAAAACAAGACAUUCAGAAAGCUGUCUCUAGCAUUGCUUAUCGCAGUGGAUCAACCAACACUUGGCUAGCUCUAAAACAUAUUCGAACAGAAUCUUUUACAACUGACCAUGGUGGAAGAGUGGGAAUACCUAAAAUUAUUAUUCUUGUAACUGCCAGUGGUUCCAACGGAAAGAGCAAAACACUAAACGAAGCCAAACUUCUCCAUAAUGAUCCACUUAGAGUGUAUACGGUAGCUGUGGGAAACAGGGUCGAUGAUGAUGAGUUGAGAGCGAUGGUAUCGAAACCAGAAAGCAUUUUGAAAGUGAAAGAUUUCAAUUCCCUCUCUACAAUCAGAAAUACAUUGAAGCAAAAGGUGUGCAAACGAGUUUGUGGUGUCGUACCUUCUGAUAUAAUAUUUGUGGCAGACGCAUCUACCAGCAUUUGGGAUGCAGACUUCAAGAAGCAAAUGGACUUUAUAAUCAGUUUUGUCAAGGACACAGUUGUCGGACGUAACAACACGCAGAUUGGCAUGGUAUCUUUCAGUACCAAUGUGAUAAACCACUUUUACCUAAAUGCUAAAACGUCGCGAGCCGCUGUGAUUUCAGCCUUAAAAGGACUUAAACAAUCUCAUGGUGACACUUAUACGUCGAAAGCACUGAGGUUUAUUCGAACACAAGCUUUCUUACCGUCUAAUGGCGGUAGACCUGAUGUACCACACAUCAUAAUUGUUAUUACCGACGGCCAAUCAACAACGCCCCAGGAUACUCUGAAAGAAGCUGUGAAACUAGCACAAAAUAACAUCAUAGCUUUUACUAUUGGUGUAGGUAAACAAGUCGACUUGAACGAACUGAGAGUCAUUGCAGGUGACAGCUCAAGAAUGUUUGAAGUAGCUAACUAUGAUACAUUGCAUACUAUAGAAAAGAAGCUUUUCUCAAAAGUCUGCAAAGUUGAAAUAUCGCAGCAGGUAUAAUUUUCUUCAUUUAGUACAUUAUACUUGGUUUCCACCGAUAUUCAAAAAAAGAAUAUAUUUUCUAUUGGUGGUCAACCAGAAACAAACAUGCAAGUUUUUUAAAGUUGAUUCAAAGAAAUUAAACUGAAAAUAUGAACUAAAAGAAAGAAUAAAAUAUCAAUGUACACAGAAA